GAGCCCAGAGCCCAGACUUCUCCUCAUCCUCCCUUCCUUCUGCUUCUGCUCUUGGCCAAGUCUGGCUUUUGGUCGCUUCCAUUUGCUUUGGUCUCGACUGAUUGUUCUCCGGCACCUGGGUUUUCCUGAUCUCUCUGCUGUAUCUGCUGCACAAUUGCUUUCUUCUCAUCCCAGCCCACCCGCCUAGGCCUGGUCUGGACCUGAUCCUCGCUCUCCUCCAACCGAGUGUUCACUGGGCAUUUCUCUGACCAUCUUGUCGACUUUCGAUAUUCAUCCCUGCUUCUUUUGGUUCUGCUCGUCAUCAGACUCGAAGCUUGACAUCUACAUCGACAUCACUAGCCCACCUACACCAUCAUCUUCUUUUCCAACAUCGCAAGUAUCGCCAGAUUCUCACCUACUUCUACUGUUGGCUCGCCCUCAGCAACCCGGAAUCUGAUAACCGUCUCCCCACGUCAGCCCUCCCUCCCUGUCUCCCUCCGGUACAUGCCAAAUCGACGUCGGAGGUCCUGCAUGCAGUGCAGCAUAGCGCAGCAACGUAUCCCUCCACCAGUGCCUACCUAAAAGACUGUCAGCGUCUCCUCUGUGCCCAUCACCACGGCACGACACCACACCACCAUCGAACAAGAUCCCGGUCCGGGUCUGCGUCUGCUGUUCGUUGCAAGCCACCUCUAGCUUCACAGGCCUCCACAUCGCGACUUGUCUCAUUGCUUGGCUUUUCCUCUUCCUCUCACCCUCUUCUCCGUAGUCUACCUAUCCCUCCAGGCCCUCUCCAGGUCCCCUCCCCCCUCCCACCGUGGAUCUCGGUCUCCCCUACUCGGAUCCCCCUCUCCCCUGGUCCCUGUGGUCCAAGCUACUGAUCUGUUGCUCCAUUCACAUCCAGUGGCUUGUAGCGUCACAACACUAGCUACGGAUGCCCAGGUCCGCGCCCACACGCCAUCCGCCAGCCCUAUAUUACUCUAUCCUCCGUCGCCCGUGACUCGCGGCCCCCAAACUCCUUCCCGCUGUGAAGGCUGCUGAGAGCUGCCCAAACACCCUGUCAUUGCGCAUCUGAUCAGCAAGCCGAGAAAGCAAACUAUUAUAUCACCCCAGUCGAGACACAACUACUCGUCAUUGCCCUUCUUUGCUUUUGAUCGACAUUCAAAGAGAGGUCUAAGCAACAACCGUUGUGCCUCUCCUCCUGAAUCUUCUCUUACCUUAUCUUUGCUUCUCCCACCUCACCCUCCUCUACGAAUACCUACGGACACCUACUCUUACGAAGUACUGAGGCCUGCCCCCCCUUCAACCUGGACUCUUUUCUUCUUGGCGCCUUUUUACAACUCCUUUAGUCAUGUAAGCGCGAGAGCCUAGAGCUCGAACCGAGGGAUAGACCCCGUCCCUCAGCAGAUCGCCCCUCCGCCGGACCCGUUCCCCGUCCUGGUCGAUUCUACACUAGGCUUACCCUGUCUAACCGCCGAGUUCACAGACCACCCGUCAUCGCGCCGACCCUUAGCUUGCCUUAGUUACUAUCUCCGCGCCCCGGUCCCCCCUUCUACCCUAAAGAGCUCCCGAAUCCCCUGCAUUCCGGCCAGACACUUUUUUUUUUGUGGUGGUUCAGCUUCUCAACUUCGCCGUCGUCAGCAACACUUUUGUUGGGAUCAAGGGACAGACAGACAUCUUCGUCCGCGACAAAGAGUCCAAGGCGAUGAAUGCAUAUGCGACAAAGCCUCGGCCAUAGAUUCCACCUCAACUCUACACAGCGACGAUGUCGUCCUACAACGGCGCCGACGCGAACUCGGUCACAUCGACCAGUCCCGCCUCCGAAGAUUCCCAGGCAAAGCCCAAGAGGGCCAGAACCAGUAAACCGAAAGUUAAGACAGGAUGCAACAACUGCAAACAACGGCGCAUCAAGUGCGACGAAAGACGACCCUCCUGCUCGCAGUGUGUACGCUCCAAGAAGAUUUGCACCGGAUAUCCACCUCCGAGCCGCAGCGCGAGACCUCACGAGGUUCUCGCCAUUGCUCCAAAGCCUCUCCUGGCCGCCGCUCCAACCAACGCCGCUCCCGCGCGAGCCUCCAUCGAAUUACCUCCCAGACGAGUUCAGAAGAUUCAGCGUCGUUUAACUCCCCCGCAAACCCCGAAUGACGGUCCUUCAGCCAUUACUAUGUACCGCCCAGCGGGCAACUUACAGCUCUCACCUCAAGAGGGUCUCUAUUUCCAGCUGUUCCGCACUCAUACCGCAAACGAGUUAUCUGGUUACUUUGAUUCCGUCUUUUGGACACAGACAGUUCUCCAGGAAUGCCAUGCUGAGCCCGCCAUCCGCCACGCGGUGGUCGCUCUUGGGGCUCUGUACAAGACUCUAGAACAGUCCUGCGAGUCUCCGCCAGGCUCACCAUCCGACGUGAUGAACCCCAUGGAUGGCGCAUAUCGACAUUGGGAAGUGGCAGUCAAACAGUACUCGGAGGCCAUCAACGCACUCGUCCAGCUCCACCGUGACCAGAAGUCGCAUCGGACUCUGUUGAUGGCAAGUGUGCUGUUGGCUUGCUUCGACUCGUUCGUUGGGGACCAUCGCCAAGCGAUUCGACAAAUCCAGACUGGCCUCAGCUUACUGGAGAAGCUACGGGCCGAGCGAAGGAAAUCGUUCGUACCCCUCUCCGAGGAGCCUGUUGAGGAAGAACUGGUCAAAAUGUUCACGAGGCUGGCCAUCCAAGCCAAGUCGUACGACAUGGCCUUCCACUUCCCCGAGCCGUACGUGAUUCGGCUUACGCCCCAAAACCCCGAGCUCCCCCAGUCGCCCCCUUCAGACGCCGGCAGCUCACCGUCAUCCAUGAGUUCAUCAUCGAUGCCGGAACAGUUCUUUAAUUUAAUGGAGGCUCGCAUCGCUUGGGACAAGCUUCUCGAGAAGAUGCUUCGCUUUACCGAAACCUUGUUCACGUAUCAAAAAUCAACAGGCGCGAACGGACCGAUGGGUAUUCUCCCUAAAUCGUUGAAACAGUAUGGCAUGAGCUUCAAGGGACAACUUGACGCCUGGUCCGAAGCAUUUGAGUAUCUCCUCGAAUCGCGCACAGCGCCCGGCGUCAGUCAUCAAGAGAAGGCCGGCAUCGCGGUUCUGAAAAUGUUCCAGAUCAUGAGCCAGAUUCUGUUCCUUAUGACAUACAGCGACAACGAGUCGCAGUUUGACGUCUUUCAACCGCAUUUCAAGGCCAUUGUUGAUCUUGCUUCUGAAGUGGUGGGCGACGAAGAGAGACGAGCGGCAGCCAAGAGGUGUCCCGACCCUUCGCAGUGUACUCACCGUCACAAUCAUACCCCGGAUAUCUUUGGCGGUCACGAGUACAAUACUUUCCACAUCAAGCCGAGCUUCAGUGCCGACUUGGGUAUCGUCCCGCCCUUGUUUGUGGUGGCCACCAAGUGCAGGCAUUCCGUCAUCCGGCGACAGGCUAUCCAGCUCUUGAGAAGCAGCGCGCGGCGGGAAGGCAUGUGGGACAGCGAGCUCACAGCGCGAAUUGGACAGUGGGUUGCCACGAUUGAGGAGGAAGAGCCUUUGUCUUCACCGUCUCCAGACGCGCGGGGCUCCCAAGCCGGCGCCAAUGGAAGACAUGGAUCAGUGGACUUUGGCGAGGGCAUUCCGCUGGGACCUGGUGGCAAUGCCCGUUGGGAUGAUCGAAGGAACAGUGCGCUUCCCGGACUGAUCAAAGCGAAGCGAUCUGUUCCCGAAGAGAAGCGCGUCAUGGUUCGGGCGGUGGACUUUGACCUGAGGGCCAGAUUUGCCAACCUCCAGGUCGGUACUCGUGGCAUCAUCACCGGCAUGCCAGACAUGCGGUCCCGUGUUACCCAUAUCACGUGGUAGGCCACUACCCGAGAAAAGAAGAGCAUUUUAGGAUCACGGGGCUUGAGCGAGCGAAUUUCAGGGGAGACAUUGAAUUGGUCAUAUUUGCGUUUGAUUUUUGUAUUGGAUAUACCCCCGGCAAUGUGCAAGACACGAGUGGUCAUUGGGCCGUUUCUGGAUCUCUUCUCAGCCACCUUACUACACAACUACGACAAAAAAGUCAUAUGAUCUGAUGAUUUAUGGGAGUAUCAAAGCGUUGUUACUGUCAUGAGGACAGAAGAGCACCGGAGCCGGCAAGGCCGUGGGUUUCAAGCAAGGAAGGGAGCGAUAGCACUGCAUUUCAGAGGAUUCGCGAUCACACAAGAGGGAGAGCGUGAGAGAACCAAAAAAAACAAAAGAGAUCAACACCUGGACUGCGCAAGCAAUAAUAGUCAACCUGUUGGUUAAUCAAGACGAUGAUGACGCGGCACUACGGCAUGCACGAGGAAAGAAUACAUUUGGCUG